AUAAUGAUUGGUUCUGGUUCAUUAUCCGUAGGACAAGAAUAUGUGCAUCAUAGAAAGGAAACAAGUGACUUAAAGAAAACCAACAAUGCAUCGGAUACAAAACGUCUUUUUAUUCUAAUUUUGGCAUCUUCUAAAUGUUAUUCGAUUAUGUCACAUUUAUUAGUUGGUGAUGCCACGCUGCCCCGUGGUGACGCAAACCGUUAUCAUUUAAAAAUCGGCCCUGGCUACAAUUUGCGCAACAUACUAAAGUCACAAAAUUCUAGUACUACAAAAUUCCUCAAGGAUGUUGCUAAGCUUGGGGUAGAACUUACUGUUGAAGAGCGCAACCUUCUUUCAGUGGCUUACAAGAAUGUCAUUGGUGCCCGCCGAGCAUCUUGGAGGAUUAUUUCAUCUAUUGAACAAAAAGAAGAGAACAAAGGCAAUGAAACCCAAGUUCAAAAGAUUAAAGCAUACCGCCAAAAAGUCGAGACCGAACUUUCUGAAGUCUGUUCGGACAUCCUUGCUGUGUUAGAUGAACAUUUGAUUCCAUCUGCCGAAGCCGGUGAAUCCAAGGUCUUUUACUACAAAAUGAAAGGUGAUUAUCAUCGAUACCUUGCAGAGUUCGCCUCCGGCGAGAGGCGAAAAGAAGCUGCUACUCAAGCGCAUGAAGCUUAUAAACACGCAACUGAUAUUGCUCAGACCGAUCUUGCUCCUACCCACCCAAUCCCAUUCGAUGAUGCAAUUGCUGAGCUUGAUACUCUAAGUGAAGAAUCGUACAAGGACAGUACGUUGAUCAUGCAAUUGUUGAGAGAUAACUUAACUCUUUGGACUUCUGAUUUACAAGAUGAAGGAGAGAAACCAGAAGAAGCUAAGCAAGAAGUCGAAACUGAAGAUCCUAAGUAA